AUGAAAAAUUAAGGUUGAAAUGGUAUUCUUAGCAGGUUCCAUCAUUGGGAGUAUGAAUGGUGGUUGCGUAAGACCUAACGCAACAAGUAUGGACCGUGAAGAGGAAGUAAAGAAAGCCUUAUCUGAUUUCCUGCAGGAACACAACUUGCAUGAUGCUGUCAGCUGUGUGGAUGAUAUUGUGCUGACAUAUCUCCUGAGUAUCCUCGAUGAACUGGGAGAUGCUGACAACACUGAAGACAGUGUGGAUGCUGAACACUUCUGUGAAAUGAUGGCAGCUUACAUGCCAGGCUUUGAGAACAUCAACAGUGUUGGUGUGUGGGAGUGGAUGUUUUCACUGUCCAGCAAGCUGGCUGCAGAAAGUAAAGAAGAGAAGGAGACCAUCCCAUCCUCCAGCACUGUGGACACAGGGGAUGGUGACAGUCUGGCUGUUAGCAGGAAGGCAACAGGGGAAGUUGGAAGGACAACGACCAGACACAGGGACAGGGACAGUCAGUCAGACGGGGAAGACAUGAAGCCAUCUGUAUCAGACGGAGGUGUGAGAGAGUUUGACAGCCAGGUGGUGCUGCUGUGUGAGAUGUUCCCAGACACAUGUGCAAUGGAGGCUAGGCACUGUCUCUCUGUGUCACAUGGACAGAUAGACGAGGCAGUCCAACUUAUUCUCCACAGACAAGAAACUGGAAACUCUAUCAUCGAACAAGGGGAGACAAAUCGACCUGUGCGGAACAAAGGCUGCAUGUUGGCUGACAAACAACUGAAGGAGCUAACAUUAGCAAGGUACAGUUUUGUUGACACAGACGACGACAAGAAAACACACAAGCCCCCACCGCUCAAGCAGGAAUCCAAGAAGUUGAUCCGAUACAGAGAGGGCCAAGUCGUCAGCACCAAGGGGGAGAGAUUCUCUGAGGUUAAAAAUGAAUCUGAGGAAAUGAAGAAGACUUAUGUAUCACUCAAACCAGCUCGUAAAUAUCGCUUCCACUGAGUGCAUCCACAUCUUUCAACCAAUCCAAUUCCUUGUUACAUUGCAGGUGCUACUAGACCUCCAGCACGAACCAGAUCAACUGUUAACACUGACACUUUGUAAAAACAAUGCUCUGUUUAUCACUUAUGGGUACUGUGAGAUCUCAGUUGUUUUCAACUGCAGUUUGUCAUCCACAUUUUAGAUUUGUUAUAAUUGUUGGGCUAAGAAACUAAUGGUGGAUCCUCAUGCAAUGACUUACUUGGUGGCAAUUUUAUGUUUUAAUUGCUAUACAAGGGCCAGAGCACAUAAAUGUAAAUGCUUUUAUACUGUUUUGUUUGUCAUAUAAUGAAAUCAGAUGUUUACUCAUGACACAAUAUAUCUCUGUAGAAGAUAUGAUGUUAAGAUACAGAGGCAUCCUACCAGUGUUUAUGAUCUUAUUUCUGAUGUUUUCCAGGUGUUAGAGCACCUUGAUCCAUAUAUGUAUUUUCUUAGCCUAAUUUGACAUACCCCAUUCCAUGGUGAAUUCUCCACCUGCUUGCCAUGCAUCUUUUAUACCUCAGCUGUCAAUGCAGUGUUUUAUUGUCAUAUGUAUUAUCAUGUACAAGUUUCAAUCUCAAACUAGGUGUUGUUGCUAGUUGGUGGUUUUAUUGUGUAGUAGACAAAGUAAAUAUCAUAUGUGUGUGUGUGUGUGUGUGUGUGUGUGUGUGUGUGUGUGUGUGUGUGUGUGUGUGUGUGUGUGUGUGUGUGUGUGUGU